UGAAGGUCAGAGAAAAGGCACCUGUGUAAUUUUCUUGUCAAGUCAUUCCGAGGACUUGAGACAAACAACGUUUUCUGGUUUGCAGUGAUUUCAGCCGGACAGGCUGCUGAACAUAAGAUUGGCACAAUGAGGAAGUGGACGUGGGUGUCACUGGUACUGUGCACCCUCUUUACUCUGGCCCUGGCACAAGGUUCUAGCUGGAACAGCUCACAGCUACGAAAGUUGAGCCAUAGGAACAGGAACACGAAGCUAACAUACAACAACAUCCUUGAACCUCAGACCACAGGAGUGACAGAGUGGACAUCCUGGUUCAACAUUGACCAUCCUGGUGGUAAUGGGGACUAUGAGAGGCUAGAGGCUAUUCGAUUUUAUUACCGAGAGAGAGUGUGUGUCCGGCCUGUUGCCAUGGAGGUCCGUACCACUGACUGGGUAUCUGCGUCAGACACCGGGGAGGUGGUACAUUCCAGUCUAGAGAAAGGUUUCUGGUGCAUUAAUAAAGAACAACCAUAUGGACGCAUCUGCUCCAACUACCACGUGCGAUUCCAGUGUCCACCAGUUCAAACAUACUGGACAAACUGGAGUGAGUGGGGUCCUUGUUCAACCACUGCUUGUAAUGACGUAGGCAUUCAAGUUCGUAGACGGAAAUGCAUGAGCACACAGCCUCUGUCCAAGCUGGCCACACCAACCUGCCCAGGCCCUCAUACUGAGCGGAGAGAGUGCUCUACUCCAGCAUGUCAAGCCAAGUGGAAUGAGUGGGGGAAGUGGAGCACUUGCUCAGUGACCUGUGGGAAAGGGCGGAGAACCAGACGGAGAACAUGUAACAAAUCAUCUGACACAAUCCGCUGCAAAGGACGACCAGUGGAAGUCCAGAAGUGUGGAAAUACCCCAUGUCCAGCGGUGUGUCAACUCGUGUGUCCUGUGGGACACCCAAAUAAGGAGUGCAGCCACUGUGUUUGUGAGGGACAGACAUUACGGGGGGAAAUCCUGAGUGUGACUGGAGUUCCGGUGUCUGGAGCUAGUGUGGCUGUGGCGGACCAGCCAAAUGUUACCCGUGCCCAGACAGAUGAUAACGGUUUGCUCAAGAUCUAUGGCAUGUGCUCAAGCCCCGAGACUCGGCUUCUCAUCAGCAAGGAAAAAUUUGCUCCAGCCACUGUCCCUGUUUUCAGGAAUAGCAGUAGAAACCUCUGGGUACGAGCUUUUCUCAGGUCCUCAGAGAAGCCAUACAUUGUUAAACAUCCCGAAGACAAAGCACGAUAUGAAGGACAACGUGUGACUCUUUGCUGCAAAGCAGCAGGAACCCCUAUACCUGAUAAAUAUUACUGGUAUCACAAUGGAACUUUGCUGGACCAGAAACUAUACAAGAAUGAAUUAGACUUGGUUUUGCGUGAUCUGAAACCAGAACACACUGGGAUGUAUUAUUGCAAAGCCAACAGCCUUACAGGAACUAUUAAGUCCAGUCCUGCAUUUCUGACUGUUUUAGCCAAAGGAACUCCAGCAUGUAAUUCUACACCUGAAAGUCACCUGAUUAAACUGCCUGUAGACUGCAAACAGUCAGGCACAAAAUCCAAGUGGUAUAAUGCUGGUCGCUGUGCAAACAACAAAUGUCCUGGGUCACUGGACUUUGACCUACGAUGCAAAGAUUCAUCUAGUUUCUGCUGUGGGGUUAAGGAAAUGGAAACAAAGGACAUUGACUGUGGCAGCUACAUUCUUCCAAUAAAGGUUGUGACUGAAUGCGGCUGUCAAAAAUGUGUCCAACCCAAAAUUCUGGUACGGGGUAGAGUGGUUGCUGCAGAUAAUAGUGAGCCCUUAAGAUUUGGACAUAUUUUCAUUGGAAAGGAACGAAUAGGAAUCACUGGUUAUCAAGGUGGGUUCACAAUUCAGGUAUCCAGUGACACUCAGCGGCUGGUAGUGAACUUUGUGGACCCAUCCCAAAAGUUCUUAGAUACUCUCAAAGUGUUUGUUUUUGAUAAGAAGGGUGGUUCAGUUUACCAUGAUGUAAAAGUAAUGCGAAAGCAGGAACCAAUUGACAUCAACGCGGCAGAAAGCAAUACUAUUUAUCUGGGUGAAAUAAAAGGGGAGGAUCCCAUCGGUCAGCUGGUUAUACCUCCAAACUCAUUCCACAAAGACACUGGGGAAAUGUAUGAAGGCACAGUUAAAGCAAGUGUCACUUUCUUUGAUCCGCGCAAUGUCACAACAGCUGCAGCUAUUCCAGGAGACUUGAACUUUGUGGGUGAUGAAGGUGAUGUGCUUCCUUUGAGGACAUAUGGGAUGUUUUCUCUUGAUUUUAGAGAUGAGGCAAAUCAGGAGAUCCUUGGAGCUGGUGAAGUCCAGGUUCUUCUUGACACUGAACAUGUCAAAAUGCCAGAGCAUAUACCUACUAUGAAACUGUGGUCUCUCAAUCCAGUCACAGGUAUCUGGGAGGAAGAGAGUAAUUUUCAACCUACUCAGGUUACCACUGAAGGAAAUGGGAGGAAAAAAAGAGAGGAGCGCACAUUCCUGAUAGGAAACAUGGAAAUCAGAGAGCGCAGACUGUUCAACUUAGAUGUACCAGAAAAUCGCCGCUGCUAUGUCAAGGUUCGGGCAUACAUGAGUGAAAAAUUCUUGCCUACUGAGCAACUUGAAGGCGUGGUGAUCAAUCUUAUAAACCUGGAGCCCAGGCCUGGAUACUCAUCAAAUCCUAGAGCUUGGGGACGUUUUGACAGUGUGAUAACAGGACCGAAUGGAGCUUGUCUUCCAGCCUUCUGUGAUGCCCAGAGAACUGAUGCAUACACAGCCUAUGUCACAGCCACAAUGGGAGGUGAAGAGCUUGAAGCAGCCCCAUCGACACCAAAAAUGAAUCCUAACAUCAUUGGCGUAUUACAACCGUACUUAGACAAAUUAGAUUAUCAGCGAUCAGAUCAUGAUGAUCCAGCACUCAAAAAAACUGCUUUUAGAAUAAAUUUAGCCAAGCCAAAUCCAAAUAAUCUGGAUGAAACCAAUGGACCAAUAUAUCCUUAUCAAAGUCUAAUUUCGUGUGAAAACGCACCCAUUGAUGCAAAUCAUUUCCGAUUCUUCCGUGUGGAGAAAGACAAAUAUGAGUAUAAUGUGGUACCUUUUCAGGAGAAUGAUCUCACAACUUGGACUGGGGACUACCUGUCAUGGUGGCCAAACCCACAGGAGUUCAGGGCUUGCUAUGUCAAAGUUAAGAUACACGGGGAAACAGAAGUAAUGGUUAGGUCAAAAAACUUUGGUGGCACACAUCCUCAGACCAGGGGUCAGUUGUAUGGAAUUAGGGACAUACGCAGCACUCGUGACUUGAACCAUCCUAACACCUCUGCUGCUUGCUUGGAGUUCAAAUGCAGUGGAAUGCUUUUUGACCAAGGUGCUGUUGACCGGUCUCUAAUUACUGUCCUUCCACAAGGGAACUGUCGGCGAAUAGGUAUUAACAGUCUUCUGCAAGAGUACCUUACAAAGCACCCACCUCUUCUACAAAACAAUGAAUCUCAUGCAUUUACCAUGUUAGCUCCUGUGGACCCGCUAGGCCAUAACUAUGGAAUAUACACUGUUACAGACCAGAACCCCCGCAUUGCAAAAGAGAUUGCCAUAGGACGCUGCUUUGAUGGUACCUCGGAUGGUUUCUCAAGGGAGAUGAAAUCAGAUUCUGGAGUGGCUCUAACCUUCAGUUGCCCAAAAAGAACUGUAAACCGUGAGAGCCUGUUUCAGCGCUUGCAAACAAAUCCUGGACAAACGUUGGCACAAAUGGCUCGGGGCAUGAGGGAAUCACAAGGAACACAGGUCAGAAGAGGGUCAGCACAGGUGGUGGCGUAUCCAUCUGAGCAACAGGGCAGGAUGCAGAGCCGCAGAGUUAGCAGCAGCAGCAGGAGAAGGACUGCUACACGGACUCAACAGAGGCAGUAGACCUGCCUAAAUUUUUUUGGGAAGAUACUGGCUGAAGACACUCACAGAGAUGAUGGAAAUGCCAAACUCGGUCAGUCUGGAUAUUAGAUACUCAGUGUUUUCUGAGCCAAAUUCCAUUAUUUGUUAUAAACUCACUCUGGACAUGUUCUAUCCAGGUUUCUGAAGGGAACCAUCAUUACCAUGCUUCAUCAUUCCCCCAAAAGUACUUGAUAUAAUAAGAAAUGUCUCUAAUGUUCAGGCUGUACACUUUUAUUUAUUACAGUUCUCAAACAUUAAAAAUGCACGUGCAUUGUUUAAAACUUUUUGGAUCUUACAUAUCCAAAAAGUAAAUUUCAAUCAUUUAAGUUUAAGAUCAACAUAAUCAUAACUACUUUAUGAUCUUAUAUGUACAUAAAGAAGGCUCCUGCUAUUCUGUUACAGGUAUUCACUGUAGGAGUGGUGCAUGUGGUUUAGUGGACGAGAGCCUUAAUGAAGUAGAGUCAAUGCUAGUCUGGCUGCCCCUUUUUCCAAAUUAGCAAAAUAAUACCUCAAAUGUAACUCAAGCAUACUUCAGUUUGACCAAAGAAUGAAUAAACUAAGCCAAAGAAAGCAAAUCGCACUGGCAGCCUAAACAGAACCUGUGUUGAUACUUUGGACAGCAUAACUGAAUAAUACAAUAGCCCUUGGUUUGAAAUUAUGAUAUUUCCAUUUUUAGACUCCAAACUACCUCCUGAAUAUUUUCAACAGAAUUUGAGUCAAAGCAAUAAAAUUUUAAGUAUUGUUUAAAAUUCUACAUUGCUUUAAUCAUAACAGUACAGUGUAGCAUGGUCAAUCCAAUAGUUUGUAUAUAAGUUAUAGUAUAUUAUUUCUUAUGGGUGUCUGUCUGUCUGUCUGUCUGUCUCUUGACGUGCAAUAAUUCUGACAAUGACUUGAGAGCCCUAACCAAAUAAAAUCUGCCAUGUGUGUUAGGACUGUUAAAAGUUGGGCUGAUCUCUAUGCAAGUUUAAGUUCUGUUUUACAAAAUAUGUAUUGCCAGCUUUCUAACUAUUUCUAAGGAAUCUUAACAUCCUACAAGACCUAAGCAACUUUUCUUAAGUGUGUUCUUUUGAUGGACAUUUUGCAAAAUCUCAGCUUUGCUCAA